AUGCGGUCACGCUCUGUAGUUGCUCAUUCAAUGUGCCGUAUGUUGAGACCUGAGCUUGUCGCCAUCAUCCUCGGCUUCUGCGGUUGCGAAAACGCUGAUUGCAGCGAAGGCACUUGCCAAGUGCUUAGUCCAUAUUUCGAUUGUGAGUACGACCAGACGGGAGCCGCAGGAGGCGGCAACACAAUUGCUCCAGCACAUUGCAGAGAACAUGCAACUGACGUCGUGGUGAGAGCGAGCUUCGAGCUGCCGCAAUCCUAUGCCAACGACAGUCAACAAAAGUUCUUUUACCGAGUGGAUGCUUUGAACGGCCUGAACGGCAGGGUACCUCAAACCAGAGAGGAAUGGUUCUUACUCCGUGGCCUCGGGUAUGGUUUGCUGCAUGAUCAUCGAGAUUUCGACGCUGGAUCCCAACGGAGGAGCUUCAGCUGGAACACCGUUGGCGAGAUGCGACUUGUCUUUGAAGUCGCCUCGCCUGCUGCAACAUGCGAGUUGUGCAUGAGGAACUUGAGUUUGCCUCUGUACAGUGUGAGUGAGAAUGAUUUUGACGAACUUGGCACUGUUUCGCGAUUUACCACGCAUUUCUCCAUUAUGCAGCAGGUGAGACCAGUCGACCUUAACCGUCUGACGCUCGAAGACAUGCUGCUAUUCGUGGUUGGGUAUGUGCAGGACCUCACCACUUUUGCACAUGCGCAUCUUUGGCAUGAUUGCCACACAGGCAAUUUGCUGCAGUCGCGGCUGCAAGGUGGCACCUUCUAUUGGCACGAUUUCGCAGGUUCUUCCUUCGAAACUUCCACGCCAAGCUCGCAGGUACUGGAAGAGUUCAUCAAGAUAAAUGGCACCCUUGAGGCCCUGGAGCUCGCUGCAGAAAGACUUCAUGCCAAAAGCCUUGCCAUUCCAAGCCUGGCCAUUCAGAGAUGCGAUACCAUCGACGCAAAUCUCGUAGAGACGCGUCUUCGUAAGUUCAAUGCAGAUCUUCAAAGACAUGUGAUGCGAUUGACCGUGGAUGUAGAAUUGCGCAAGUCAGUUCUUCGAGCACUAGGCAAGGUGCUUUCUUCUGAACGUCAUGAAGAAUUGCAGCUCGAGCUGAUGAAGAGCAGUGCCGCCCCAGCGCAACCGAUAGUCAUUUGGGCCUGUCAACUUCGCAAGGACGGGUCUACAAAUUGA